AUGUGUGCGUGUGUUUUGGCUUUGUCCAGUUUUUUGUUUGUUUGCUUCUUUCAAAGGAAAAAUCUUUCUUUUCUUCCCUUUUCCCACGCAUUCACUUCUUUCCCUUUUGGUUUCUACUGUGAGGGGGAAUUGGCAGACGAAGGUGUGUGGGGUGGUACUCACGCGCAAAAGAUGAGCUGGAGGCAGCGCACACCGCAUGGCCGCUCCGCGGAGGUGGAGGACUCCAUUCAGUACCUGCAGCGCUACUUUGAUGAUGCGGAGCCCGAUAAACGACGGCCCCAGUUGUUUUCUCCUACAAAGGAGGGCGGUGUUGUGGCUGCGGGCGUGCUGCCGGCUUCCGCGGCUCGUAGGGAGAGGUGGGCGGGAUACACACGAGGGGCGGCAUCCCCGGGCAAAAUAAAUGACCAAUCACUGAGGUCGACACGUAAGUCGGAACGUGGCAUCAGCAGCAGCAGAAUGAGCAUCAGCUAUAACAGACCAUCCCCUCUGCGUGGUGAGGGGCCUUUGCGCAACGAGCGGUCUCCCCCGAUACGCGGAGAGAGAACUCGGGCUACAAAUUUGUCUUUUUAUGAGCCACUAAGUCUGCGCUACGGCUACACCACCAACACCCCUGUUGGACGGCCACCGUUGCAUCACCAACAAAAUGUAAUUCGGGGUGGGACUGUGGCACAAAAAGGUGCAUCCAGUGGCGGGUUGGGCGGCUUUUCACCACGCCGUGAUGAUUUAAAUGUUAGAUAUUGGCAGCAUGAUGGAAAAAACGCUCGCCAAAGGCAUCCGGAGAGUGCCGUGAGUCACGGAAGAUGGAUGCACGACGAUCCGGACAGCACGUUAGACAUUGAAAACGCAGAGAAAUCGCGGUACAUGUACUCCCCGCGCCGUCGUCACUCAUACCAAAAGGAGGGAUUGCUGGAUGAAAGCAAAAAUUAUGAUGAUAAUGAAGAGAGUGAGGAAGAGGAAGAAGAAAAACAAAAGCGGAGGAAGAAAUUACCGCCGUCAAAUCGCGUCUAUACAAGAGGAGAGGGGAACGGUGGGGAGCGGCAUCGCACCACGGGGGAUGAUCAUGCCCCUGAGGGUGGGGUGAACGCACCCACGGCAGAAGUUACGAGCCACAGCAUGCGUCACGCUAAGUGGAAUGAACUUCCAAGACCUUUAGAGAAAAGGCCUGAGGAGGCGGCACGCCCACAGGAUGUAUUUCCGUAUCCCAAACACGAGGACAACCUGCGAUCGAUGCUUUUUUAUUUGAAAAAUUACUACGCACUGGAACCUGAGGAGUCUCUUCGUGGCAUUGAGACGAUGACACCGGAGGACGUGCUGGGUCUUGUACAGUGUUUCUACGUUGAUGCCUACCGUGUCGUGCGACACGCGAGGGACGUUGCAGGCGUUGGUCGUGCCGGGUUUACUGACAAGGAUCCCCCGAUGGAGUGUGUGAUGGGAUUGGCCAGCGAUGGUGAAUUGACAAUGAGAACGAAGGAUGAAACUGAGGAUGGGGUCGCGGUGGCGGAGAUGGCACCACCUCGACAGCCAUCACCACCGCCCGAAAUUGUGAACCACUCCCUUGCGUCCCGACGACCCCCUUCGCAGGAAUAUCGACGACAAGGUGCAGCAAUGAUCAGCGGUAGCAGUGGAGGAGGAGGAGGCGGAGGAGGGUGUGUCGCUCGAACUCCACUCGGUCGUCCUUAUACACCACAGUCCCAUGCGAGGUUGGAGCAUCCGACGCUUGAUGGAGCCAACACCAGUUUUCUUACCGAUGGCACAUUGCUCUCUGUGGUGCCUCCUCAAGAACCCAGCAGCGGUAUCAUUAAACGACCAUUGAAGGAACUCAUGCCAAUUUUGCGUUCUGGAUCGACGCUUUGCAAGCAUGUGGAGAACGGCCGUCCGCACACGCGUUUCUUCCGUGUGGAGGAUUAUCUUGGAGAACAUCGUGGCGAGGAGGCGCUUAUGCCGCACUUGGUGUGGUAUCCCACCGCGACGGAUCGAAAGCCCAGUGAGGCUUUAAAGCUUCUCAGCCUACUGGGCGUUCAUCUUCUCACCUCGGAUGCUGGCGGCGCAUUCCGAAAACUGUUUCGGCGCAGUAGGGGGGUUGUCCUUGACCACAGCCGACGUCCGGUAUCUGAUGGCAUGUGUGUUGUCUUUCGGUUUGAGAAGCGCGAUGUGGCGGUUUCGUUCUUGACAGAGGCGGACCGACAGCUUUGGGUGGGCGGCAUGAUGGGCGUGGUGGAGAAGAACAUGCAGAUGGCCUCCCGCUUGCAUCAGUAG